CAAAUCGAUUGCGCGGACGCAUCGGACGAGUCUUAUUGUGACCCCGAGAAUGACCCGAACGCUCCGGUCAGGUGUAAUGCCAACAAUUGCACUCUUCCCGACUGUUUCUGCAGUAACGACGGCACUCAGAUUCCCGGACAACUCAAACCCGAAGAGACGCCCCAAAUGAUUAUCUUGACGUUUGACGACGCCGUCAAUAACGAGAAUUGGGAAAUAUAUCAAAAAAUAUUUGCCAGUAACAGAACCAAUGCCAACGGGUGUCCGAUGUCUACCACUUUCUUCCUCAGCCAUGAAUACACUAACUAUAGACACGUCCAGAAGCUGUGGAAUGACGGCCACGAGAUUGCUAUUCAUUCCAUAACACAUAAACAGCCGGAGCUUUGGUGGACAUUCAACGCAACGAUGGAGGACUGGUUUGAUGAGUUCGCCGGAAUGGCUAACAUUGUUAACAGAUUCGCUGGAAUACCACUCGACGAACUCCGGGGCACAAGAGUUCCCUUCUUAAGAGUCGGAUGGAAUACACAGUUUAUUAUGAGUUUGGAUUCCUAUACGACUCAUCAAUGGUCGCCCCGCGAUCUGAUCCACCCCUUUGGCCGUUCACUCUUGAUUACAGAAUCCCUCAUAGAUGUCAUGGAUCUCGUCAGAGAUGUCCGUCGCGAUCGUUUCCCGGGACGUGGGAAAUGA